GGGGCCGCUAUUUCAGCGGAGUCCCUGUCGCGGCGCUGGCAGUUGGGCUGCUGGAGUGCGGCGCCACCGCGGAGGACAGGGGGAGCCGUCGGGCGGCGGGCGAGGGGGUAGCGGGGACGCGAGCGGCGGCCGCGGGGCGCAGGACAGGAGUCCGCAGAGCUGCAGCCUUCGAAGGCCAGCCCUCUCCGAGCCCGGGGCUGGGUCCCAGCCGUGACAAGGCGGUAGCCCCGCGCACACCAAAGAGGAGGCGGCUGUGGCGGCAGCGGCAGCCCUAGCCAUGCUGUGCUAUGUGACGAGGCCGGACGCGGUGCUGAUGGAGGUGGAGGUGGAGGCAAAAGCCAACGGCGAGGACUGCCUCAACCAGGUAUGCAGGCGACUGGGAAUCAUAGAAGUUGAUUAUUUUGGACUGCAGUUUACGGGUAGCAAAGGUGAAAGUUUAUGGCUAAACCUGAGAAACCGGAUCUCCCAGCAGAUGGAUGGGCUAGCCCCUUACCGGCUUAAACUGAGAGUCAAGUUCUUCGUGGAGCCUCAUCUCAUCUUACAGGAGCAGACUAGGCAUAUCUUUUUCUUGCACAUCAAGGAGGCCCUCUUGGCAGGCCACCUCUUGUGCUCCCCAGAGCAGGCAGUGGAACUCAGUGCCCUCCUGGCCCAGACCAAAUUUGGAGACUACAACCAGAACACUGCCAAGUAUAACUAUGAGGAGCUGUGUGCCAAGGAGCUCUCCUGUGCCACCUUGAACAGCAUUGUUGCAAAACAUAAGGACUUGGAGGGGACCAGCCAGGCUUCAGCUGAGUACCAGGUUUUGCAGAUUGUGUCAGCAAUGGAAAACUAUGGCAUAGAAUGGCAUUCCGUGCGGGAUAGCGAAGGGCAGAAACUGCUCAUUGGGGUUGGACCUGAAGGAAUCUCAAUUUGUAAAGAUGACUUUAGCCCAAUUAAUAGGAUAGCUUAUCCUGUGGUGCAGAUGGCCACCCAGUCAGGAAAGAAUGUAUACUUGACAGUCACCAAGGAGUCUGGGAACAGCAUCGUGCUCUUGUUUAAAAUGAUCAGCACCAGGGCAGCCAGCGGACUGUACCGAGCAAUCACAGAGACACACGCGUUCUACAGGUGUGACACGGUGACCAGCGCCGUCAUGAUGCAGUAUAGUCGUGACUUGAAGGGCCACUUGGCAUCUCUGUUUUUGAAUGAAAACAUUAACCUUGGCAAGAAGUAUGUCUUUGACAUUAAAAGAACAUCAAAGGAGGUGUAUGACCAUGCCAGGAGGGCUCUGUACAAUGCUGGUGUUGUGGACCUCGUUUCAAGAAGCAACCAGAGCCCUUCAAGCUCGCCCCUCAAGUCCUCAGAAAGCAGCAUGAACUGCAGCAGCUGUGAGGGCCUCAGCUGCCAGCAGACCCGGGCGCUGCAGGAGAAGCUGCGCAAGCUGAAGGAAGCCAUGCUGUGCAUGGUAUGCUGCGAGGAGGAGAUCAACUCCACCUUCUGUCCCUGCGGCCACACCGUGUGCUGCGAGAGCUGCGCCGCCCAGCUGCAGUCAUGUCCCGUCUGCAGGUCGCGUGUGGAGCACGUCCAGCACGUCUAUCUGCCAACCCACACCAGUCUUCUCAAUCUGACUGUAAUCUAAUCUGUUGUGCUUUUAUUGGACUUGCCAUGUUUCCAUGAACUGCACUAUUAUAAAUUAUAAAAAUGAUAGAUUGUGGCGAAAGUAAUUACUCCACCACCCAUCUGCCACACGAUGUUUAAAAAAAAAAAAAAAGGAAGAAAAAUAACACAGCUACUCCUCACUGCAAAAACAUAUCCAUGUGUAGAAUCAACAACUCCAGUGGUGGGGACCAGGAGGAGCUCUGGGACGCGGACACGUUCCUUGGAUAUUGAUUUUUUUAUGAUCAAGUAAAGGAAUAGGUAAAGUCUUUGAUGUCAGUGAAGUGGCAACAUAGCCAAAAAAAAGUUGGGUACCUUUUAGGAAAUGAUGUAUCCCGAGGUAAGUUUCCUACCGGCAGCAGAUUUUGUAAGAAUUAUAUUUAAGAAUUUGGUUCUUUUUAUACGGUCGUGGAGCUCCAAACAUUUUUAAUAGGAAAAUUUUU